CUUCUUCGCCUUUACCGCAUUCCAAAACCUCAUAAACCCUCAAAUUCCUGAGUUUCUGCAUUAGCAAACCCAUGGCGAAGGAGUCUCCGGACGACUUCAGGUGCCCGAUAUCGCACGAGAUAAUGUCUGACCCAGUAAUCCUUUCAUCGGGUCACACCUUUGACCGUGCUUCAAUCCAGCGGUGGCUGGACUCCGGCCACCGCACCUGUCCAAUUACCAAGCUGCCUCUCCCUGAACAUCCGUCUCUCAUCCCCAACCAUGCGUUAAGGUCCCUAAUUUCCAACUAUACCAACAUUUCUCUUCCAAAAUCGCAAUCGUCCUGUUCUGACCCCCAAGCCCUCAUAUCGGCUUUAACUUCUAAAUCUUCCCCAAUUGAGUCAAAGUUGGAAUCUUUGAGCCAGCUGGGUAGACUCACCAAGCGGGACUCGGCUCUUCGUCGUAGACUCACCGAGGCGGGGGCUGUACCUGCGGUUCUGCGUUGUGUUGACUCGGAUGAUCCGGGUUUGGAAGAGAAGGCGCUUUCUUUGCUUCUUAAUCUGAGCCUUGAUGAUGAUAACAAGGUGGGUUUGGUCGCGGAAGGCGCAGUUAAUCGAGUCGUGAAGGUUUUGCGGGUGGGUUCGCCUGACUGCAGGGCUAUAGCAGCUACGAUGAUAACGAGCUUGGCUGUUGUUGAAGUAAACAAGGCCAUAAUUGGAGCAUACCCAGAUGCUAUUCCAGCGUUGGUUUCACUUCUCAUUGAAGGAAAAGGCAGAGAGAAGAAAGAGGCUGCAACUGCCCUUUAUGCGAUAUCUUCUUUUGCUGAUAAUAGACGAAGAGCAAUAGACUGUGGAGCUGUGCCUAUAUUAAUGGAGUUAUUGGAUUCAGGGCUUGAAAGGGCCAUUGAAGUGUUAGGGAUUCUAGUGAAGUGCAAGGAGGGGAGAGAAGAGAUGGAGAAGGUUGAUGGUUGUGUCAAAGUUUUGGUUUUGGUGUUGAGGAAUGGAAGUGCCAGAGGGGUGCAGUAUGCUUUGUUUACAUUGAACUGCUUGUGUUGUUAUAGUGAGGAAAUUUGUUCAGAAGUGAGAAGAGAUGGGGUUAUGGAGAUUUGUUUUGGGUUACUGGAGGAUGAUAAUGAUAAGAUUAGGAGGAAUGCUUCCACUUUGGUUCAGACUCUGCGGGGGAAUCGGGCUAUAAGGUAAUCGUUUCGGCGUUGGCAAUGGAGGUGAGUUGGUUUUGUUUAGGUUCCUUUUCUUAAUGGCUUGUGAGAAAAUGGAUAGUUAGUGUACAAAAGGAGAAGGAUUAGAUUUUGUAUCUUGUACAUUUGAAUAAAAGGAAAAGGAAUGGGGGUUGGCAGUGCUCCCUGGUUUUUAGAUGUAUUACUGGGAUAAAUAGUUUCAAAUUAGUUACCAAAAUUGUAAUCUCGUUUCAAUUAAAAAAUUUCUUUUACUUGAGGCAUGUUGAUCUCCAUUCUUUACACCCACCCUGAACUUUUUCUUUUAGAACUUGUAGUCUUUCAAUAGUCUAAUGAAUAGCCUUCCUAAAA